AUGGGGAAUAUGCCGGCAAACCUUCCCCUUAUCGGGGCCGACAAGCCAGAGGAUGUAAUUCAAGAAUCAAGGGUCCUGAUCAUCAUGACGGGAGGUACGAUUUGUAUGCAGCAAUCACCAUCGGGCUUCAUUCCGGCUCGAGGAUUUCAAGAAAAAUGCAUGGCGCGAGUCCCUUGUUUCAAUGAUGGCUCUGUCCCUACCACCAUGGACGUCAUCACCGACUCGGAGGGACAUGUUAAAGCACACCCGAGCUUGUGUACACCAGUUACCACUUAUGGAAAGCAGGUGAGAUACACGGUCUUCGAGUUCGAGGAGCUGCUUGAUAGUAGCUCCAUCGAUGCCAAAGGUUGGGCAGAGAUCGCGCAGACAGUCUUUCAAAACUAUACGCUUUUCGAUGGCUUCGUCAUUUUGCACGGCACAGACAGCUUGGCUUAUACAUGCUCGGCACUGAGCUUCAUGCUCCAAAAUCUGGGAAAGCCUGUAGUUCUGACAGGAUCUCAGGCUCCGAUGCUGGAGCUUCAAAACGAUGCGACGGAUAAUCUGCUCGGAUCUUUGGUCGUUGCGGGUCAUUUCAUGAUUCCUGAAGUAUGCUUAUACUUCAAUAACAAGCUUUUCCGUGGUAACCGGACUACCAAGGUCGCUGCUAGUGAUUUCGCUGCCUUUGACGCCCCUAACUGCCCGCCCCUGGCGGUAACCACUUCUAUGCGCACCAAUGUGAACUGGGAUAUGGUGCACCGACCCACGAGCCUGGCCCAUUUCCGGAUCCAAACUAAUCUUGAUACAACCCAUGUUGCAUGUCUCCGUAUCUUCCCGGGUAUCAAGCCCGAGAUGGUUGACGCUGUUUUGAAGCUGGACGGACUGCGUGGUCUCAUUCUAGAGACAUUCGGAGCUGGCAAUGCUCCAUCUGGUCAGGAUAAUGCCAUGAUAAACGUGCUGGCUAGUGCCAUCCAAAGGGGGAUUGUAAUCAUCAAUAUCACGCAAUGUCUCACUGGUAGUGUGAGCCCUGUCUACGCUACAGGCAUGAGUCUUUCCCGAGCAGGUGUCGUUGCCGGUCUCGAUAUGACCACCGAGGCAGCAUUGACAAAGCUCGCUUAUUUACUCGCUUUACCAGACUCUACACCGCAGUCUGUGACCAAGAACAUGUCUGUCUCCCUGCGUGGUGAGCUGACUGAGACCUCUGUCCCUGUUUUCCGUCACCCCGACGGCGCCCUGCCCGAGCGUGUGCAAACUCUCACCGUCAUGGGCUACGCUAUUGCGCUGGGUGACCUCGAGAAAGUGAAGACAAUUAUGAAAACUGAGCACCACUGGCUACUCAAUGACGCUGAUUACUCGGGCAACACUCCAAUUCAUCUGGCCGCCACAUCCCCUGCCAUCGAUAUACUCCACUUUCUCCUCUCCCAUGGAGGAUCCGUCCAUCUCCGUAACCGCAGUGGUCGCACGCCACUGUUUCUGGCAGCUAACGCAGGCCUCUCGGAUCAUGUCCUUCUUCUUCGGAAAUCCGGUGCUCAUUUGCACUCGGAUGAGCGGCCUGCUGCUGAAUUGCUUGCUCGGCGCCGACCGGGUAUCUGGGGUCUAGCGGGCAUUGACCCUCAUGCGAACAGUCAACGAGAACUUGAUGAGGAGAAUUGCUGUGCGCGAGGUCAGAUGAUGGCUGGCUCGGCGCCGUGA